AUGGAUGACUCGAUCUCUCAGGAAGAAAUUAGGGAAGUUGAGAGAAAACUAAAAGAGGCUUAUAGGGAUGAGGAAAUAUAUUGGCAACAAAAGAGUAGCAAACUCUGGCUACGAGUGGGAGACAAAAAUACAAAAUAUUUUCAUGCAUCGACCAAGCAGAGGAGGGUACGGAAUAAGAUUGUUGGUUUAUAUGGUCCGAACAAUGUAUGGGACGAUACGCCCUUGGGAAUGGAGAGGAUUGCCUCAAAUUAUUUUGAGGAGCUUUUUAAAAGUUCUGAUGUAAGCAGUAUUUCAGAUAUACUUCAGGAGAUUUCACCUAUCAUUACGGAUAGUAUGAACCAAAGUUUAACUAGGAAAAUUACGGAGUCGGAGGUUCGGAAGGCAUUAUUUGCUAUGCACCCAGAGAAAUCUCCAGGUCCUGACGGUGGUUUUGAUCCUCGCCUUAAUGAGACUAAUAUUUGUCUCAUCCCUAAGGUGGAUCGACCACAACAGGUUCUAAUAGCGAAUUUUAAAAAGGCUGAACGCGAAAAGAAACUUACCGGAAUAUCGAUUGCUCGAGAUUGUCCGUCGAUCUCGCAUUUAUUGUUCGCUGAUGAUAGUCUGUUCUUUUGUAAGGCAGAGGAGUCUGAAUGUAAGGUGGUAAUGGAUAUUAUAGGUAAUUACGGGAAAGCGUCGGGACAAGAGGUGAAUUUAGAGAAAUCUUCUAUCAUGUUUGGUAAGAAAGUUCCGCCGGAUGUAAGAUCUCGGAUAAAAACAGUAAUUGGUAUUUCCAGUGAGGGAGGUAUGGGUUCUUAUUUGGGAAUACCUGAAAACCUUCAGGGUUCGAGGACUAACGUUUUCAGUUAUGUUAAUGAUCGUCUGGAUGAGCGAGUUAACGGUUGGUCGGCGAAGACCUUAUCGAAAGGGGGUAAAGAAAUUAUGAUCAAGCAUUCAACGACCAAACUUACGGGUGCCAUAUCAAAAUUCUGGUGGAAGUCUAAUGAUAAGGCUAGAGGCAUGCAUUGGGUAGCUUGGGAUAAAAUGUGUGAGGACAAAUGUGAUGGGGGUUUGGGUCUUCGUGCUUUGGAAGAAUUUAAUGAUGCAAUGUUGGCUAAGCAGUAUUGGAGACUGAUUCAUUACCCGAACUCUUUAAUGGCUCGGGUGAUGCGUGGUCGAUACUUCCUGAGAAAACAUCCAUUACGGGCAACUAAACCAUAUUCUCCAUCCUUUGCGUGGAGGAGUAUUUUUUCCGUUAAGGGACUAGUGGAACGAGGGGCACGGUGGAUAGUAGGUUCGGGUUGUGACAUAUUGGUAUGGCGGGAUCCUUGGAUACCCGAUCACCAGCCAAGACCAGCAAAUGGUAGGGGGAGAAUUCUACAUCCUAAUCUGAAGGUCAAUCAAUUAAUUAAUCCCCUUACGAUGGAUUGGCAUUUGCCCAUUCUAGAGGAGUAUAUGGAUCCAGCGGAUAUUCCGCUUAUACAGAGUUUGGCGGUUAGUAAGUCAUUUCGUUCGGAUAGACUGAUUUGGCAUUAUACUAAGUCUGGUAAGUAUUCCGUGAGUUCUGGUUAUAGGCUAGCACGAGAAUUACAGAAGGAAGCCGAAUUCGGGCCAACGUGCACAGUUUUACGGGCACAAGCUUGGAAACUUGAAGUCCCCUCAAAGGUUCAUCAUUUUUUCUGGCAGGUGACGUCUGGUAGUCUUCCUGUAAAGGAACGGAUCGCUCAUCGGGGUGUACGGUGUGAUGUUACGUGUCAACGGUGCGGCUCUGCGGUGGAGUCUAUUAAUCACGCUCUUUUUGAGUGUGUACGAUCCCGUUUGGCCUUAUCAAGCUCCGGGGGUUCGGGUAUUGGAUAUAUGUUGCCCUGGAUAUUAUGGACAAUUUGGAAAGAUAGGAAUAAAAAGGUUUUUCAAGGAGUUGAGGCUGAGCCAAUUGAUAUUAUAAAUCAGGCAUCAAACAAUAAACUUUUGUGGGAGGAGGCUAAGUCCUUCUCUGUGAACUCCUUGACUCCCCAGCCAGAUCCGGAGGAAAGGGUUAUUUCUGUUCGUUGUCAGGUUGAUGGUUCCUGGAAAGGUUCCGACCCUUUAGAGGGCUUGGGAUGGUGGUAUGGUACUCAUGAUGAUAGGACGCUACUUUUGGGAGCUCGCAGUCUUCGUCGUAGUCCCUCUUCCCUUCAUUCGGAGUUUAAUGCCUUGCUAUGGGCUAUGGAGUCUCUUCGUGCGGCGGGGAUUGAUUGUCAGAAUUUUGAGUCAGAUAGCGCUGAACUGGUGGCGAUGGUGCAGGCUCUGGAUGACUGGCCAGCAUUCUCGCAUUUAUUGGAAGAUUUCCAUUCCCUCAGAUCAUCUUACUCCUCCUUCACCCUGACCCAGAUUCCGCGAACGUCAAACAUCCGAGCAGACUGUCUUGCUCGCUCCUCUAGACCUUUAGCUUCUGAAUUUUCAUUUGUAAACUCUUUUGCUCCAGAUUGGGCGACUAACCUUGGAGUCACUUUUUAA